AUGGCGCUGAUAAAAGAUCUUACAGAAAAAACGAAUGAAAAAGAAACGACCCAUUUAAAAUUAGAAUCCGAGUUACGGCAUGCACAAUCGACCAUAACUGAAUUACAAUACAAUUUAGGCAAGUCGAAUGCUGAAUGCCACAGACUGGAAAAAGAUUGGGAGACAUAUAAAGUAAGAGUGAAAAGUAUGUUACACGCCAAAGAUGAUGAGAUUAAAUCAUUACAAAACGGACUGAAUAUAAAUGAAGAAAGUAAAUUUUUGAUUGAGCAGUUAGAAAGUGUGAGAGACGAGCGUGAUGAGCUCUCCGUGAUGUUAGAACAAGUGAGGUCCGAGUUGGAUGAAAUGAAACAGCUCGUUGGACAGCUGGAGUCGCGCCACGUGGCCGCCGAGCGCGUCGUCGCCGCGCUGCGAGACGCCUUGAAGGAAGAACGUGCCGCCAGGAAUCGAGCAGAAUCACAAUCUGCAGCUCUAUCUAACGAACUAAAAACAUUCCAAGAAGAAACAAAUCAAACAAUAUCGAACCUCAGUGAUUCUCUGAGGGAGAAAGAAGCCGAACUAACGAGAAUGAGAGAAUCCUCGACUUCCGUACGCACCAGCGACAGUAGCGCCCUCAACGUAGCCGACUAUGACGUCACGCAGGAUACCAUAGACAACGAUAAAAUUUACUAUCUAACGCAGUCUCUUGUGCAAAAACAAGGGAAAAUUGACUCGUUAUUGGCUGAUAAUAACACGCUUAGGAUCCAAUUAGAUAAAUUGGAGUCAAAAUACAAAGCUGAGUUAUCAAAGCAUCGCGCGACCAACACUCAUAGCGUGGUGCACUUUCAAGACGACUGUCGCGCUCGUUCAAGGAACCACGUGUCCGACUCCAGUGUUGCCACCCUCUCGAUGAGGAUCGGGCUCCUGAUGCGGAGGUAUCCUAUAUUCAGGCUGUUCAUCCUGGUGUACAUGAUUGGAUUACAUCUAUGGGUUUUCACAGUGUUGCUGUCGAAUACACCAGAUACCUACAUCACGAGAGCGAUGAAGUCAUGAUGACCGUUGAUACGUUUUUUGUUAAAGGAAAAUUCUUGUGGAUUUAAUUUAGAAAAAAAAAAACUCGCUAACAGUAGCUCAUUUGUGUAAAUUAGAUCUGUAAACAUUAAAGUAUGUGAGAACACAUUUUCAAUUUUAAUUGGUUGUGAUGUACUUAUAUUGUUGAAAGCGAUUUAAAUAUGAGAAUAUCUCUAUAGAAAUUGAAUACUAUAAUUCAAGAGAGAAGCUAACACUACACGUAGUAUGAGGAAGAUGUAUGGGAAAUAUCGGAACCGACCUAGUGCUUCUAAUUUCGAGAAUAUAAGUCAGAUAGUCAAGAUAAGCUUACUGUAAUAAUGAUUGUUUGUUUCUAGACAUUUUUUUUAAAAUUUACGCCUUUAUAUGUCGAUAAACAUUUUAAGUGGGAAGGAAAUAGCUGUCCUUAAUAUUGGGAAAUCAAAUUAAUGCACCUCCUUCGGUCUUAAUUAUAGAAGGUGCCUCAUAAAUACUGUGAUUCAAAAAUACAAGUACAUCCAGUUCGCGAAUUCUAAAUAUAUGAACAAGGAUAUUGAUUGAUCGCGAAUCGAAUUAGAGCCACUGAAUACCAGACCAAAAAGACGAUUCUUACGACAUUACUAUGUCAAUAGAUAAAAAAAAAACAAAUGUCAUGACCGAAUUUUGUAAGCACUUUAAAGGCGCUUGUGUUUAUAUGUGUUUUUUGUUUUUUUCACGAAUUCACCAUAGCCCACCCACUGCUUUAGUCUUAAUGUAUUAAUUAAUUAAUUACUUCCUGGUUGAAAAUGUACAGGUAAUAAUUUUGUAAAUUAAAAUCGGUUUUGAUUAUUA